AUGAAGUCGGGCAAAAUUGUGAGUCAGGCAGCCCUUAAGUCGACCACGCAAGCAAUUCAAAGUGGGUCAGGCAGUUUCGGAAAUUGGAAAAAGAAGGAGGAAGGAUCCAUGAUGGCAUCUGGGUUCGGGGGAGUUCAAAGAGGAAUAGUUCCUUCGUACGUACAAUUCCAACAAGGACAAUCCAAUUCUCCUCAACAUUAUUAUCCGCCUCAGGGUCCCCGGUACUCAGUGACCUCGCGACAGUAUACAGUGUUUAAUGCUCAGCCUUAUGCUAGGCCUCCCAAUCACCAACAAUGGCGAGCACCGACUCCACAAGGCUCGCAUCAAUUCCGCCCAAAUUUUCAGGCGCCAUACAAUCCUCGUCCCAGACAGGAAUAUGUGAGAGAACAAGAGCUAAAGAAAGAGUUCACCCCAAUUGGAGAAUCGUAUACAAGCCUAUUUCAAAAGUUGAUACAGCUGAAGUUGAUCGAACCUAUCAUGCCGCAUUAUAUGAAUCCAAAUUCAAAAGGUUUUUACUCCAAUGCGAGAUGUGAGUAUCACUCUAACACCCAAGGUCAUAGCACCGAGAAUUGUUGGACAUUAAAGAAAGCCAUUGAAAAUUUGAUCGAAGCAAAGGCAAUUGUGGUAGCAAACAAUGAAGAUACUCCUAAUAUCACAAACAAUCUGCUCCCAGCUCAUGAUAAUACACAUUUUAUUAGGAUGAUUUGUGAUGAUUGGGAUUAUAAGCAGUCUGCCAAGACAGAGAUGAUUGAUGGAACCAUAGGGCAAGAGCCAAAAGUGAUAGUAAGCCCGCCACAAUCAGCACCGUUGAUUGUGAAAGGUGCGGGUUCUAGUUCAAACUCGGCAGGUUCUGAAAAACCGGUUCUCUAUGUCCCUGGAAGCACGAAAAAGAUUGGGGUUCAAUUGGGUGGUCCAAAACUUUACAUCCUUGGGGGCAUUCAAAAGAUUUUUCCGAAUAAUGCUUUGAGAAAUAUAACAGAGCCAGUUGUGAUCCGACCUGUUGCACAACUCCUAGUGUCAAACACAAAAGCUAUUCCCUGGAAUUAUAACAAGACUGUCAUGACAUAUAAAGGAAAAGAGAUAGUGGAAGAAACAGAUGAAAUGGGGGGCUUGACCCGCUCUGGAAGGUGCUACUCACCAGAGGAAUUAAGAAAAGCUAAGCAAGCCAAGGAAAAUCACUUUCCAGUGAAAGAACCCAUUUCAGAAAAAGAAGCGGAGGAAUUUCUUAAGAAGAUGAAAAUGCAAGACUACUCAAUCAUUGAUCAACUAAGGAAAACCCCCGCUCAGAUAUCUUUGUUAUCUCUGCUUUUGCACUCUAAAGAACAUUGCCGUGUGUUGAUCCAAACUUUGAACGAGGCAUAUGUCUCAGAAACGACAACGGUGAAUCAGCUAGAAAAAAUGGCUGAAAGAUUCUUUGAGGUGCACAAAAUCUCUUUCAGCGAUGAUGAUUUGCCUGAGGAAGGGGCUGGGCACAAUAAAGCUUUGCAUCUUAUGGUCAAAUGUGAAGGGCAUUACGUAAAAGGAGUCAUGAUUGAUGGAGGCUCAAGUGUAGAUGUAUGCCCUCUUUCUAUUCUACAACAACUGAACAUUGACACUAACAAAAUUCGAACUAGUAGUGUCAGCAUCAGGGCUUUUGAUGGUUCAAAAAGAGACACUACUGGGGAAAUCGAGCUCACCAUGACAAUUGGCCCGGUUGAUUUCAACAUCGUCUUUCAAGUGUUGGAUAUGAAAACUUCUUAUAAUUUUCUUCUGGGAAGGCCGUGGAUCCAUAUGGCCAGAGCUAUACCAUCCACCCUACAUCAAAUGGUCAAAUUCGAGUAUGACAGGCAAGAAAUUAUUGUUCAUGGGGAGGAUGACUCAUCCGUCUAUAAUGACCCGUCCAUUCCAUGUAUCGAGGCCAAGGAAGGAUGUGAAUCCCUAAUACACCAAACAUUUGAGGUGAUUGAGGUAGACCAAGUGGAAGAAGGAAAACCAAUUCUACAUCCCCAUCUUUCAGCCACAUCUAUGAUGGUAGCUUCACUAAUGUUGACGAACGGCUAUGAACCAGGAAAAGGAUUAGGAUCUUUUCUACAAGGAAUUGUGAACCCCAUUGCUCCCUUUCCGAAGAAAGAUACCUUUGGCUUGGGUUUUAUACCAACAUCAGCUGACAUAAACAGAGCCAAGGCCCGCAAAAAGAAUGGUUGGAAAUUGUCAAACAAUCCCUCACAUUGCCUACUCUUUUGUCAAGCCACAAUUUGA